UCAGAUGGAAUAUUUCGAAGGCAAGGCAUGGUGAUAUAUUUAGAUAAAACAUGUGGAAAAAUUUAAUUUCACAAAUACUUGUUUUUACGAUUCUAGCCCCUGUCGUCAUCUUCCACGUAUCGGCGUUCACGGCCAUUCUAUGUUUCGGAUAGCCGACCAACCCUCCAGUUCCAGGCAGAGCGCCAACGAGGGAAUCUAUAAGAUGCUCUUUCUCUGGUUGAGCAAAUCAGUUUCGAAUCACAACCCCGGUUUAUGGUUCACCUGUAUCAUCGCGAUUGUUCUAUUGUGGUAUUACCGACGUCCCAUCGCUAAGUUAAUUUCGGCUAAGUUAAUUACGCUGCUAAGAAAUUAUACCACCGGCCUAACGAUCAAUCAGACGAUACCAUCUGCGAUGAUUCUGAAGCAGCAGAAACGGCACAGUCUGAUGCAACUACAUAAGCACAAAACCGUCAGUUUACGGCGGGCAAAGCGAUUAUGCACCGGCGACGGUCUUCAUGUGUCCAGCACGAUGUCCAUGAUACAAGCUGUACCGCAAAUCCACUACAGGGUCACUAGAAGCGGCAGGGUGUAUGGGAAAUACCCGAACAAGGCUGCCUUCCCGAACAGCGGUAUUCAAGAAAUUCAUUGACGCUGCAAUUAGGAUAAUAUCGACUAUCGUUGAUUACCAUCCUUGUCCCUGUAUGAAUCUCGUGAUCGUCGUGAUCAUCGUUGUGCCGUCCCGACGUAAUUCCAUAUUCUCUGAAAUAAUCACAUAAAUCUCUGAUGUAUACUUGUACCCUUCUUCUAUUAUCCUACAUACAUAUCUUUUUCCAAAAAAUGCUGUUUUACUAAAUUCUGCUCGAAGCUUGACUGAAAGUAUACGCACUGCAAUUUUUUGUACUUUUUGAUAAUCUAUCAAUCGGUGAUUCUAUGGAAAAUUAUCAUACUAUUUAAUUUACUUUUAUUUAAUUUGUAUUAUACAUUCACCAUUUCUCUUAUCGCACACGAAAAGUAUUACAUCAAUCUGUUUCGUGGAAUCAAAUAAUGAAGCUUAAUUAAUGAAAUAAAUAGUUGGCUUCCGAGAAUUUAAUUUAAGUUUAUUCAUUACGACCACUGAUUGUCGAGUAUUGCAAAAAUAUUCACAUGAAGCGAUUACAAUUAUGUAGAUAAAGAUAAUUUAUAAUAUAAAGAUAAUAACUAUAGAAAUUAUUAUUU